AAGGGUCACAAUAGGCUGUCGAGAAAGGAAAAAAAAAACAUAAAAAUUUCUAUGAUUAGGCAUACAAAUACAAAUAAUAAGAAGAAUACACAAAAAUCUGUUUGUUGGCUAAGGAGAAAUCGAAGGAAUAAGUCUUUUUUUCUGAGAAAGCCCCAUCUCUCUCUCCCCUUUAGCCUUUGCUGCUUUCUUCUAUUCUUUUGUCUAAUUACUAAAAUAGAGAUAGAGAGAGAUAGAGCCUUAAAGAGAGAGAGAAGAAGGAGAGGAGGGCGUAAAACAGCAGACGGUGGCGCACCGUAGCACCGCCCCCUCCUAACCUACGCCCUUUUUCUUCUUUCCGAUAUCAAAAGAUUCCUAAUAAUAAUUUGAUUCCUCUCCUCCUCUCUCAGGUCGCUUCGAUCCCACGGCAUAAUAAUAAGCGGAUUCCUACCUUGUUCAAUCUUGUCUUCUUCAGAUGCAUUCAUCUACAAAACUCUGGCGGACAUCAAAGGAACCCUAGCUUUUCUCCGGUCUUCUAUUAUCGCCUCUUUCGCCGCCGAUCGGUGGUUUGAUUUCAAAUCCAAGAAGAAGAAGAAACGUAUUAAUAUUAAUCUCCUCCUCCUCUUUAGGAAGAUGCUUUGGAUUAUGAGAUUCUCCGGUUUAUUCUCCGCCGCUUUGGUCAUCAUCGUCCUCUCUCCUUCUCUCCAAUCAUUUCCACCAGCUGAAGCCAUCAGAUCCUCUCACCACCUCGACGCUUACCUCCGCUUCCCAACCUCCGAUCCAAAUCCCCAUAGAUUCUCCUUCAGAAAAGCUCCCGUGUUCCGCAAUGCCGCCGAUUGUCCCGCCGCCGACAUCGAUUCCGGCGUCUGUAACCCUUCCUUGGUCCACGUCGCCAUUACUCUCGAUUUCGAGUACCUCCGUGGCUCCGUCGCCGCCGUUCAUUCGAUCCUGAAACACUCCUCGUGUCCCGAGAGCGUCUUCUUCCAUUUCCUCGUCUCCGAGACCGGACUAGACUCCUUGAUCCGUUCGACGUUCCCCGAGUUGAGGUUCAAGGUUUACUACUUCGAUCCCGAGAUCGUACGGACCUUGAUCUCGACCUCCGUCAGGCAAGCGCUAGAGCAGCCGUUGAAUUACGCGAGAAACUACCUAGCUGGUCUCCUCGAGCCCUGCGUGCGCCGCGUGAUCUAUCUAGACUCCGAUCUAGUCGUCGUCGAUGACAUAGCUAAGCUGUGGAAGACGAAGCUGGGAUCGAAGACGAUCGGAGCUCCGGAGUACUGCCACGCGAACUUCACGAAGUAUUUCACGGCGGCGUUUUGGUCGGACGAGCGGUUCUCGGGAGCGUUCGAGGGGAGGAAACCGUGCUACUUCAACACGGGGGUGAUGGUGAUGGAUCUAGAGAGAUGGAGGCGCGUGGGGUACACGGAGGUGAUUGAGAAAUGGAUGGAGAUUCAGAAGAAGAGUGAUAGGAGGAUAUACGAGCUGGGAUCACUGCCGCCGUUUUUGCUUGUAUUCGCAGGAGAAGUGGCUCCGAUUGAGCAUCGGUGGAACCAGCACGGGCUAGGUGGAGAUAACGUGAGAGGAAGCUGUAGAGAUUUACAUCCAGGUCCGGUUAGCUUGCUUCAUUGGUCCGGUAGUGGUAAACCGUGGUUCCGGUUAGAUUCAAGACGGCCUUGUCCACUUGAUACUCUUUGGGCUCCUUAUGAUUUGUAUGGACACUACAACUCACGCUGAUGAUGAUCUCUGUUUUACAUAUUAUAUAGUCUCUCAGCUGGUAAAUUCUCUCCUUCAUUCACUGGAAAAAAAAAAAAAAUUAAAUUCUUUCUUCUUUCUCUCCAAUUUUUUUUCUUUCUUUCUCUUAAGAUUUUUACAGACUUUUGGAAUUUGUUUUCUUCGUCGUCCUCUGUAUUCUAUUCGAUUGUUCUGUGCAUUGAAAUAAACAAAAAAAAAAAUGAAAAAAAAGAAGAAGAAGAAGAAGAAGAAGAAGAUAGGAGAUACUGAAUUCAGAUUUGUUGUACAGACUUUUUUUUUACCAUAUGUUUUUUAUAUAUAUGAUUCUGUCAUUUUUUUUUUUUCACUUAAAACAUUAACUGUCCCAUUUAUAUAGUUUGAUCCAAAUUAACACUUUGUUUUUA